AUGUGCCCGCAGGCCUCUCCUGCACAUGCUCCACACAAGAGAUUACGCACAAUAUCUGCGCAUUCAUUGGCGACUUCCUCUAUGGCGGGUAAACAGGACGAAGUCGCUGACAGCCUCUCUGAUGUAGCCUCAUGUGGUGGUAGUAACUCACAAGGUUCUGUAUUGGGUCCGGAACUGUUCGAACUGCAUGUCAAUUAUUUGAAAGGCCUCGAAAUUCUAUCUUCUACGUAUGCAGGAGGCCUGGGGUUAGUCGCGACCUCCGAUGUGAAUCACUUUCGGAAUGAUCCCGAAGCCUUGUAG